UCUUGAGAAACUAGUGUUGUUUUGUGAGGAGAUGAAAAUGGCGGCGGAUGGCUGACCGCCGUCUUUAUCGGAUAUUAAACAUAAAACUGCGAUUUAAUAAACCAGCGUUCUCUGUCGAUUUUAACAGAACGUCAUGUAAUUUUAAUAUGACCAGGUUUUAAGGAUUUUCUAAACUCUUUGGUUGAUUGGAGUUUUCCAAAAGACAAAGCGGAAAGUUCCUUUGGAAAUAGAUUGCUCGCUGUCUGCUGUUGCAUUUUAAACUUAACGUUCGUUUUAGUUCAGCGAACAGUUUGUUCAGCAUAUUAAGAAAGUGUUUGAACUACAUGCCGCAAAUAACCCAGGACUGGUAAACCCCCUCACCCCCUAAAGUGUCUAAAUUGUAUCAUUUAGUAAGGUACUCUAUAGCUAACGUUAGCUAUAACACGCUAACCCUUACAUAAUGAACCACACUACAAUCCCAGAUGCAAUAUUGGCGCUAUCAACAAACUAAAGCUUGCUAGCUAAUCCCAUUCUCUCGGUAGGGUUUUGUUUUGGUGAUCGACAACAAUGCUUCCCUUUGGUGGGGGAUAGCUAGCCAAAGAUGCUAGCCUCUACUUUACUAUUUCACUAGCUAUGUCCUAGUGGUAAUUAUCUGCCGUUAGCUGUAAAUAACAUAACGUUGCAAUGUGUAAACGCUCGUCCUUUGUUUUAUACGGUGGUUUAGUCAAAUCAAAAUGUAUUAACUUGGCUACGUUGCUGACUGUAUUUUAGAUUUAGUUUGUCAGAUUUGAAAGGCUUUUUUUUUUAUUGUGGACAUAAAUAAAUAGAUAAGUUAAGCUACAUUUCCAAUCACGAGCUAGUUGUAGUGUUCAGCUGCAUGACAGCGCAGUCAGGUAGCCACGUGUAUCGGCGAACCGCCUACCAAAGCAGUCCACUGUCUCAAGUGACUGUCAUAAAACAUGGAAGAUAAGCGUCGACCAAGAUUCAGCAAGCGGCUGCGGUCGGGUACGCGGCGGCGCUACCAUGACGAUGGUAUCUCGGACGACGAGAUCGAGGGGAAGAGGACCUUUGACCUGGAGGAGAAGCUGACGAGCGAGAGGUUCACCUCGGACAGGGUCAAACGCAUGGAGGGGAAAGACCUCACGUUUGAGUACAUCCAAAGAGGUGGGUUGAGGGACCCGAUCAUCUUUGAGAAGCCAGACGGACUGGGCAUCAAGAUGCCAGAUCCAGACUUCAGUGUGAACGACGUCAAGAUAUUUGUCGGCAGCAGGCGUAUGAUGGAUGUGAUGGAUGUCAGUACUCAGAAGGGUAUAGAGAUGUCUAUGGCCCAGUGGAGACGUUACUACGAGACGCCCCCCUCCCAGAGGGACAAACUCUACAACGUCAUCAGCCUGGAGUUUAGCCACACCAAGCUGGAGAACCUGGUCCAGAGGCCUGCAUCGGUGGACAUCAUAGACUGGGUGGACAACAUGUGGCCUCGGCACCUGAAGGAGAGACAGAGAGACUCCACCAACUCCAUCACAGACAUGCAGUACCCCAAAGUGCAGAAGUACUGUCUAAUGAGUGUGCAGGGCUGCUACACGGACUUCCACAUAGACUUCGGCGGUUCCUCGGUCUGGUACCACAUACUGCGGGGAGGCAAGGUGUUCUGGCUGAUCCCGCCCACGCCUCAGAACCUGGAGCUGUAUGAGGACUGGGUGUUGUCAGGGAAACAGGGAGACAUCUUCCUGGGAGACAAGGCCCAGGACUGUCAGAGGAUAGAGCUGAAGCAGGGCUAUACCUUCAUGAUCCCCUCAGGUUGGAUCCACGCUGUCUACACUCCAGUGGACACCCUGGUGUUUGGGGGAAACUUCCUCCACAGCUUCAACAUCCCCAUGCAACUCAACAUCUACAGCAUCGAGGACAGGACACGGGUACCAGCCAAGUUCCGUUACCCGUUCUAUUAUGAGAUGUGUUGGUACGUGCUGGAGAGAUACCUCUUCAGUCUGACCAACACCUCCUACCUCACGCCUGACUUCCAGAAACACUCCCUGGGCAUCGGUCUUACCAGAGACCCCUCCACCUGUGAGUCAGUCAACGGGCACACCCAGGAGGAGGAUGAAGAGGAGGCUCCCCCGACCCCGGGCUCUAAGCCCGGGGUGAAGGUUCACCUCACACCCUUUGAGCUGGAGGGGCUGUGGAACCUGCUGGGGAAGCUGGAGUCGUUGCCCUCACAGAAGAACUGUGUCCCGGCUGGCAUACACGAUGCUCCCGCUCUGCUGCAUGACAUCAGGGCCCUGCUGAAGGAGCACGCUAAUGACAUCCCCAAACUGUCCUACACUGGCACGCCCAUCGUCAAGUGGCCCAAGAGGCCGUCGUGGUACCAGCCCCCUCCCCCUCCUCCCCCGGUGGCUCGUCCCAAGCUGUCUGCCACGGUGGUGACCCCGCGACCCCAGAAGCCCGCCUCCUCCAUGUCCGUGCUGCGGCGGCGGCGCGUGCGGUGUAAGCGCUGCGAGGCGUGCGUUAGGACGGAGUGCGGGGACUGUAACUUCUGCAGGGACAUGAAGAAGUUCGGUGGGCCGGGGAAACUCAAACAGACCUGCGUGCUCCGACAGUGUCUGGCGCCGGGUCUGCCCCUGUCAGUGGUGUGUGAGAUCUGUGCAGAGGGGAACCAGGAGGGAGGAGAGGGGCCAGUCUUCGCCCUCACCCUCAUGGAGUGUUCCAACUGUGCCCAGAUAGCCCACCCCGCCUGCCUCAAGGUAACAGGGGAUGGUGUGGUGAAUACAGAUCUGCCCAGCUGCUGGGAGUGUCCCAAAUGUGUUCUGGGAAUCACCGACACUGAGGUGAAGGAGGACAAGAAUAAAAUGUUACACGCGAAACGCAAGUCUUCUUCGUAUCUCGACGGCCGCAUCGCCAAGAUCUACCGUCGCCGUGGUCACAGCCGAGACGACGACGACGACUCGGGCAGCGAUGAUGAUGAUGAUGAUGAUGAUGAUGAUGAUGAUGAUGAUGAUGAUGAAGGCUCCCGGGGCGGAGGAGGAGGCGCGGGACAGAAUAUGUCCGGGCCACGCCCUCGCGGGAGUGGCUCAGCCUCUCGGAGAGGCUAUGGGACUGGGAGGCGGGGCAUUUGGAGAGGCUCCUCCCACAGAGGGGCAGGCCGCGGGAGUGGGCUUGCCCCUAACUCAUCCCUGAAGAUGAGGCGUGGCAGAGGAGGGCUGGGGGUGGGCCGAGGGGAUAGAGAGGGGGGGCGUAGGGAGAGGGGCGGGAGAGUGCGCCUCCGGGGAGGCACCAGGAUGCAGAGACGCAGGGACGAGUCAGAGGAUGACGAUGAUGACGAUGAGGAAGAUGACGACAGCGAGGAAGAUCGGCAGCAUCACCACCGGCAACGCCGCAGGCGGAGGAGAACGGAUGACGAGGAAGACGACGACGAUGAGGAAGACAGCUCGGCCCGGGACCUGGAGGGAGAGGAUGAGGACGUGGCGGAUGAAGACGAGGAUGAGGAGGACUAUGAGAACAGGUCAGACUCUGAACCAGAGCCUCCCGUCCUCCUGGUGUCUGACCUUAACGACGACCUCCUAAACGGCUCAUACCUGACAGUGACCCUACAGCGCCCCCCCAGGGCCAAACGCCACCCCGGCUCCAUCGUGCCCAAGCUGGAGGCCGCCAUGUCUCCCAGAACCCACGGCGGCGGUCCAGGUUACGUCCAGCAUAAAACCCUCGGGAAGACGCGGCACAAAAACGGCACGGUCGCCGCCGGCAACGGCCUGGCCCAGCCCGCCAAGAAUCCAGUCGGCCGGCCGCCUCGUCACCGUAUCAACAAUCCCCACGGCGACACAGCAGACGGGGAAAGAGAGAGGGACACUACCUCUCAUUCCUACUCUGACUCCUCGGCCUCCCCCACCCCUCCUCCCCACUCCUCCCACUCUCCUUCCUCGCUCCUGUCGCUUCCCUCCUUCAAGGAUGUAGGAAACGAGAAAGGAGGGGAGAAGGAGGUGUGGGUGGCGGUGUUCCGUUACCUGAGCCGAGCCGAGCUGGCUAGCUGUAUGGCUGUCUGUAAGGCCUGGUACAAAUGGAGUUGUGACAAGCGUCUGUGGAGUGGUGUGGAUGUAUCGCGGUGUCCCUCCCUCUCCUCCCAGGCCGUGCAGGGCAUCAUCAAACGCCAGCCCACCUCCCUGGACCUUUCCUGGACCCCCGUGUCCAAGAAACAGAUCACCCUGCUCAUACACCGCCUGCCAGGUCUGAAGGAGUUGAUGAUAGCAGGUUGCUCCUGGUCGUCCAUGUCAGCCCUGUCCACCCCCAGCCUGCCGUGCCUCCGUACCCUGGACCUGCGCUGGGCAGAGGGGGUCAAGGACACCCAGAUCAGGGACCUGGUCAUACCACCAGGUUGUGACAGUCGGUCUCGGCUGCGUGGCUGUGUGGCGCUGCGUCUAGCCGGCCUGGACAUCAGUGACUCCACCCUGAGGCUGAUUCUCCGUCACAUGCCUCUGCUAGAGCGGCUGGACCUGGCCCACUGCAGGGACCUCACGGACCAGUCCAUCUGCCUGCUCACCGCCACCGGCACAAACACACGCAACACGCUCACGGAGAUCAACCUCGCAGGUUGUAACAAGCUGACGGACGGCUGUCUGGCGUACCUGAAGAGGGCGUCUGGCCUGGCGCUGCUGGACCUGCGGGGCUGCAAAGGUGUGACGCUGCGGGGCUGUGAGGGCUUCAUCUCGGACCUCUCUCACUGCGUCCUGUUCUGUAUGACGGAGGAGAAACUCAUUCAGAGGAUAUCGUAAAACUCACCACGUUCUUACCCCUACGCAAGGCAGGGGGGAGAGAUGGGGAGCAGCCAACACCCCUCCCCCGAAAAGGAGAACAAACGCCCCCAAAAAAGGGAGGGCGAGCUAAAAACAAAAGUGAAAAGACGUUCCCACUCACUUGGGAUGAGAGGGGAGGAUGAGAAGAGGAGGGAGAGGGGAGGAUGUGGAGAGUGGCGGGAUGGUGUAAGGAGAGGGGAGAAUGUGCUGUUGCAGCAUCAUGUUUAUUAGGAGGGUUAGGAAUGAUAUGGAUAGCACAGAGACACUUGCUAGUGUUGUUCACACAACAGGGCUGCAACAGGGCUGAAAAUGGGAACCCUGGGCCUCCCGAGUGGUUCAGUGGUCUAAGGCACUAGCUGUGCCACUAGAGAUUCUGGUUCAAGUCCAGGCUCAGUCGCAGCUGGACGUGACCGGGAGACCCAUGAGGCGGCGCAAAAUUGGCCCAGCGUCGUUAGGGGAGGGUUUGGCCGGCCAUGAUGUCCUUGUCCCAUCACGCACUAGCGACUCCUGUGGCGGGCCGGGCACAAUGCACGCUGACACGGUCGCCAGGUGUACGGUGUUUCCUCCGACACAUUGGUGCGGCUGGCUUCCGGGUUAAGCGGGCAUUGUGUCGAGAAGCAGUGCAGCUUGGUUGGGUUGUGUUUCUGAAGACGCACGACCUUCACCUCUCCCGAGUCCGUACGGGAGUUGUAGCGAUGAGACAAGACCGUAAACUACCAAUUGGAUACCACGAAAUUGGGGAGAAAAAAGGUUGAACAAAGAAAAUGGGAACCCUAUGGAUUGAAUGGGUUUUUGUGCGACAUGGUCUACAUGAAGUGGAGUGAAUCAGGGUUUAGGUUUCGGAAGGGGACUGGGGAAGACCCAGACAUGACUGGUGUGUCCCACUAGGUCCAGACUCUAUGCCACACUGUCCAACACUUCCACGGACUCCUUGGGGAAACCGAGCCGGAAGCACCGAGGGGGUGGUGAUGAUGAUGAAAUGCAAAUGGGUGCCAACACGUUCUUGGAACCCCCCCCCCAUUUCGGCUCUCAUUGUCUCAGCUCUUCUUUUCGCGCCAUCCUCACCUCUGUUCCAUACGCUUACAGCCAUGAGUUUUGUUGGAUAAAAAACGUACUGUAUCUCUCAUUAGUUACAUCCAAAACGGUACCCUGUUCCUCAUAGUACACUACUACAGAGACCUGGUCAAAGGUAGUACUCUAUAUAUGGAAUAGGGUGCUAUUUGGGACGAAUACGUUGUUUCUCUUCAGUUUUACUUGACUCCGUUUCUCACUACCAGCCACUACAGGUCUUAACUUUGCUUCUUUGAAUUCCCUCAGUUGACAGACUAUUUUCCUCCUGUCGUUUUAAUGUCUUUUCUUUCUGUCAGUCUUUUUACAGGUGUAAUGUUUUGUUCAUCCCUCCUUCUCUGUCCCCUAUAAUGUUAUUGUUAAUAAUGUUGAACCGGAGGGCUCUUGGGUUGGGUGCGUCGCAAAUGUCACCCUAGACCCAAUAUAGUGCACUACUUUUGAAAAGUAUAUCGGGAAUAGGGUACCAUUUGGGACGUGGUCUUGGUGAAUUGUUUUGGUUGCCCUACUGCAGUUGCUCAAUGGGACUGUAAUGUGCCUGUAGCAUUGCAAUCAAUUAUAUAAUUAUUUUCUGAAAUGUUUUGCAGAAAUUCUCUCUUAAUUUGUGGUUUUUACAAGGAAAAAAAUUAAAACAAAAAUCUGAAAUGAA